AUGUCCACAAAUAGUAUUAAGUUGUUAGCUGGUAACUCACAUCCUGGGUUGGCUGAGCUUAUUUCUCAAAGGCUAGGUAUACCGUUAUCUAAAGUGGGAGUAUAUCAGUAUUCAAAUAAAGAGACUUCUGUUACAAUAGGGGAAAGCAUUCGUGAUGAAGACGUAUAUAUCAUUCAAACCGGGUAUGGAGAACACGAAAUUAACGAUUUUCUGAUGGAGUUACUCAUCCUAAUUCACGCUUGUAAGACGGCGUCAGUCAGAAGAAUUACAGCAGUCAUACCAAACUUCCCUUAUGCUAGACAAGAUAAAAAGGAUAAAUCCCGGGCGCCUAUUACCGCGAAGCUGAUUGCCAAUCUUUUAGAAACUGCGGGUUGCGAUCAUGUCAUUACUAUGGAUCUCCAUGCUUCACAAAUUCAAGGGUUUUUCCAUAUCCCGGUUGAUAAUUUAUAUGGUGAGCCAAGUGUGCUAAAUUAUAUAAGGACCAGAACAGAUUUCAAUAAUGCAAUACUAGUAUCCCCUGAUGCUGGUGGUGCGAAAAGAGUUGCCUCCUUAGCAGAUAAACUGGAUAUGAAUUUUGCUUUGAUUCAUAAGGAGAGGCAAAAAGCCAACGAAGUUUCACGAAUGCUGCUUGUCGGGGAUGUUGGCGGCAAGUCGUGCUUGUUAAUUGACGAUAUGGCAGACACCUGCGGUACUUUAGUGAAAGCUUGUGAUACGUUAAUGGAUCACGGUGCCAAAGAGGUUAUUGCUAUUGUCACACAUGGUAUAUUUUCCGGCUCAGCCAGGGAGAAGUUAAUAAAGAGUAGGUUGUCAAGAAUUGUCUGCACCAACACAGUACCUGUUGAUUUGGAUUUGGACAUCGUCCAUCAGGUAGAUAUCAGCCCUACGAUUGCAGAAGCUAUUAGAAGAUUGCAUAACGGAGAAUCAGUCUCAUAUUUAUUUACACAUGCGCCUGUUUAG